AUGGCAGAGGAGUGCUCAGUGGCAGUUGGAGUUCGAAUCCGACCCUUCAACGAUCGAGAGCGUGCGCUGAACGCGCAGCUCUGCGUCGAAGUGGAUGGCCCGACCACGAUAUUGCAGACUCCGCCAGAGCAAGCGGAAGCCGGCAAGAACAAGGAGCCAAAGAAGUUCACGUUCGACGCUUCCUUCUGGAGUCAUGACGGUUUCGAGGUGGAUGCCAAGGGCUACUGCUGCCCAGCGCCUGGAAGCCGGUAUGCUGAUCAGCAGCUCGUUUUCGAUACCUUUGGUCGACGCAUUCUGGACAGCGCGUGGGAAGGUUACCACUGCUGUUUGUUUGCCUAUGGCCAGACGGGAGCUGGCAAGAGCUACUCCAUGGUGGGCUAUGGUGCCAACAAGGGCAUCGUGCCCAUUUCGUGUGAAGAGAUCUUUAAGAGGAUCGGCGCCAACACAGACGCGAAUCUGACCUACGAGGUCAUGGUGUCGAUGGUCGAGAUUUACAACGAGCAAGUCCAGGACCUCCUGGUGCCUCCCCGGGAACGCCCCAAGAAAGGUUUGGAGAUCCGCGAGUCGCAGCAGCUGGGCAUUUACAUCGCGGGUGUGUCGAGAAGAGCGGUGGACUCUUACCCCUCCAUCGAGGCAGUGGUGGAAGAGGGCACCGAGAACCGAACAGUCGGUUCUACCCUGAUGAAUGCCACUUCCAGCAGGGCCCACACAGUGCUCACCAUCGAAUUCAAGCAAGUUUCACAGGCCGCUGGCCAGCAAGGACAGAAACUGUCGCUGAUCAAUUUGGUGGACCUGGCUGGCAGCGAGAAGGCUGGCCAGACUGGCGCCAGUGGGGAUCGCCUCAAGGAAGGCUGUGCCAUCAACAAGUCGCUAUCGGCCCUGGGCAAUGUGAUCGAGAAGCUUGCAGACAAGGCCAUGGGCAAGGCCAAGGCCAAUGCGGUCGUGCCGUACCGUGACUCGAAGCUGACAAGGCUUCUGCAGAAUGCCCUCGGUGGUUCAAGCAAGACCGUCAUGAUCUGUGCGAUUUCGCCGGCAUCGUCGAACUACGAGGAGACGCUGUCCACGUUGCGUUACGCCGACCGUGCCAAGCGCAUCAAGAACACAGCGAGCAUCAACGAGAACCCUCAGGACAAGCUCAUCCGGCAGUUGCGGGAGGAGAACGAGAAGCUUCGGAACAUGGUUGGCAGCGGGUCUCCGAAAGAGGGCGAGACAGAGGACCUGGUCCACAAGCAGGCCGAGAUCGCAGCGCUGGAGCAGGCACUCAUGGAGAUGCAGAAGAGCUUCGCAGAGCGGCUGUCAGAAGCGCAGAAGGCUGGCUCCAAGAAGGAGAAGUCUUUAGACACGAAGCUUCCACACAUCGCCAACCUCAACGAGGACCUGCUCCUCACGGCGAAGCUGAAGUUCGCCUUCAAGGAGGGUGUGACCCGCGUGGGCCGGGGAAGCCAGGAGGACGGCGAUGCCAAUCAGCCGGAAGUGGCGCUGCAAGUGCCUGGCAUCCACCAGGAGCAUGCGGUCGUCGAGAACACCGGCGGUGCAGUCACCUUGAAGGCCACGGAUCCCGAGGCUGCCGCUACCAGCUUCGUGAACGGUACGGCGCUCCAGCCCGGUGUGGCAGUUUCUUUGUCGCAUGGCGACCGCGUGGCCUUUGGACAGUGCAUAUUCGUUUUCGUCGAGCCGAGCAAGGGCAAGGUGACGGAGCUCAUCAACUCGGGCCAGGUGAGCUACGCCGCUGCACGAAAGGAGCUGCAGCAGGGAGAGGUCACAGGGCCCACAGAAGAGGAGCUCAAGGCCAGGGUUGUUUGCCUCGAGCCUAGGGCCGGGCAUUCGUAUUUGAAGGACUCCUCCUUGCAGUUAAUGCUUUGUGCUUUGCGCUGUCACACGACGAAGUCAUACGAAGUCGUUCCGCUUCUCUUCGUCUGCGAGGCUUCUCGGCAGCUCGCAGAGGAGCUGGAGCGCAAAGCCCGGGAGGCAGAGGAGGCGAAGGAGAAAGCCAAGGAGCGACAGUUCCCAACUCAUGUUUGCAGCGGCCGGUUCGGGAUUGCAAAAACUGUUUGA